GAAAAUUAUUUUAGUAAAGUGUAAGUGCGUAGUUUUUUAUUUCGUGAUUUGACAUGUUGUACACCAAGUUAAUUAUCUCUACGUUAUGUAUGGCAACAACUGAAGUUUUUGGAGGUGCGAUAACUGAAUAUCCAGACGAUGGAUACGGUGGAUAUACAGGAAAAGAUGAUUACUAUUCGCAUCCAAAGUACGCCUUCAAAUAUGGUGUGCACGAUCCAUCUACCGGCGACGUGAAGAGUCAAAAAGAAGUUCGCGACGGAGACGUCGUCAAAGGUCAAUAUUCACUGGUAGAACCUGACGGUUCCGUUCGAACUGUAGAUUAUGUAGCGGAUCCUGUAAAUGGAUUCAAUGCUGUUGUUUCGAAGAGUGGGCCAUCUGUGCAUGUAGUACCUGAAUCAAUCGCCGUGAAAAAAGUUAUUCCAACUUACAUCAAAGAAUUAACGGUACCGUUCGUGAGGCCGGUUUACCAGAAACUCGUAGCGGAACCUGUAUACAAAUACACGUCAGCGAUAGGUGAAAAUGACAUAUACGAUGGUUAUGGAUAUGUAGAUGGCUACGACCCAAAUCCAUAUCUUGGAGACAUUCAUCAUGGACACAUUUAUUGAAGAUUGUAAUAAAAUUUUUUGGAAAUCACGUAAUAUAAAUAUAAACCCAAGAAUCUAGUUGAAUACUUCCAAAGAUUAUUUGUAUUAUAUUCAUUUUAAAAAAAAAUAGAACAUAAUUCAGUUGAUAACAUUUGUUUAUUAUCAAUAAUCAUUCAUUAAACUCCUAUUGUUUAAACAUAGAUAUUGAGAAAUAAAUAUUUAUAAUCAACA